UUUCUAUCCUCUGUUUUUUUUCUUUUUUGCCACAAAGAACAGAGGAGAAAUACUACUAAAACACACAGCUCUAACUGCUAGUAUAAAAAUUACUUCACUUCUCUCUGCUAUAAAUACCAAAGAGAAAUGGGAGAAUAGAGAAUCUCAACACCUCUUUCUCUCUCCUCUCUCUUUCUCUCUCUCUGUCUACUUGCACAAUGUUUCUUUUAUAGAUAGAUCUUACAUAUACCAAAAAAAAAUUAUUUUGAUUAAUGGCAGAGGCAAGUGGGAACAUUGAGGUAUUUCCAUGGCUGAAAACCCUACCAGUGGCACCAGAGUAUCAUCCAACCCUAGAAGAAUUCCAAGAUCCCAUUGCCUACAUUUUCAAGAUCGAAAAGGAAGCUUCUAAGUAUGGAAUUUGCAAAAUUGUACCUCCAGUACCUGCACCACCGAAAAAGACCGCUCUUGCUAACCUAAACCGGUCACUUUCAGCUCGGCCCGGUUCUAAUGGCCCAACAUUCACUACUAGGCAACAGCAGAUCGGGUUUUGCCCAAGGAAGCACCGACCCGUUAAGAAACCCGUUUGGCAAAGCGGAGAAACCUAUACGGUUCAGCAAUUUCAGGCUAAAGCUAAAGCCUUUGAGAAGAAUUACUUGAAAAGGAAUUCCAAGAGAGCAUUGACACCGCUUGAAGUUGAAACCCUUUAUUGGAAGGCAACUGUGGAUAAACCCUUUUCGGUGGAGUAUGCAAAUGACAUGCCAGGUUCUGCAUUUGCCCCAAAGAGGGCUUCUGCGGCAGCAGGGGGUAUUGGGGAGGUGGGUACUCUGGCGGAUACAGAGUGGAAUAUGAGAGGGGUGUCAAGGUCAAAAGGGUCUUUACUGAAGUUCAUGAAAGAGGAGAUCCCAGGGGUAACUUCCCCUAUGGUGUAUCUUGCCAUGAUGUUUAGUUGGUUUGCUUGGCAUGUUGAGGAUCAUGACUUGCAUAGCUUAAAUUACCUGCAUAUGGGUGCUGGGAAGACUUGGUAUGGUGUGCCCAGGGAUGCAGCUGUGGCAUUUGAGGAGGUGAUCAGGGUCCAAGGUUAUGCAGGAGAAACUAAUCCUCUUGUUACCUUUGCUACACUUGGGGAGAAGACCACAGUCAUGUCACCUGAAGUACUGCUUAGUUCUGGUAUUCCAUGCUGCAGGCUGGUGCAAAAUCCUGGAGAGUUUGUUGUUACCUUUCCACGAGCCUAUCACUCAGGGUUUAGUCAUGGAUUUAAUUGCGGGGAGGCUUCUAAUAUUGCUACUCCUGAGUGGUUGAGAGUUGCAAAAGAUGCUGCGAUCCGUAGAGCAUCAAUUAAUUGUCCACCAAUGGUGUCACAUUUCCAGUUGCUUUAUGAUCUAGCACUUUCACUGUGUUCAAGAGUACCAAAGAACAUUAGAAUAGAACCAAGGAGUUCUCGCCUGAAGGACAAGAAAAAGAGUGAAGGAGAUAUGUUGGUCAAAGAACUAUUUGUUGAGGAUUUGAACUCUAACAAUUAUCUUCUUCACAUUCUUGGAGAAGGAUCACCUGUUGUACUUCUCCCUCAAAACUCUACAGGGAUGUCUAUUUGCUCUAAUUUAGUAGCUGGAUCCCAGUCAAAGGUAAAUUCCAGGCUGUUCCCCAGUUUAUCCAGUUCAGAUCACGAGGUGAAAAGUAAAAAAGACUCUGCAUAUGAUGAUCUCAAGUUAGGCAGGAAACAGGAGAUGAAACAAUUUGCAGGCAUCUCUUUGGAGAAAGGAAAGUACUCUUCUUGGCACAGUGGUAACAGACUGCCAGACUCUGGUAGAAAGGAUGAUGCCCAAUCCUCUCCAGACACCGAAAGGGUGAACCUGGACACUGCAAGAGGAAUGACUUACAAAUGCGAUACACUGUCAGAGCAAGGACUUUUUUCUUGUGCAACUUGUGGGAUCCUAUGUUAUACGUGUGUGGCCAUAAUUCGACCAACAGAAGCAGCUGCUCAUCAUUUGAUGUCAUCUGAUUAUCGUAACUUCAAUGACUGGACAGGAAGUGUAGGUGGCGUAACUGCUACUGGUAGGGACCCAAAUGCUGCAGAAUUAGAUUCCAGUUCAGGACGGUUUGUUAAAAGGGCUCCAGGUGGCUUGAUUGAUAUCCCAGUAGAGUCAUCUGAUCGAAUUCAGAAAUUGAAUAAUGGAAGUGUAGAAGGGCUUUCAAGGACCAAAGCACGCAAAGAAACUUCUUCUCUUGGCCUGUUGGCUUUAGCUUAUGCUAAUUCGUCAGAUUCUGAUGAAGACGAGGUUGAAGAAGAUAUUCCUGUUGAAGCUUGUGAAAGCAGACAUAUGGAUUCUGAGGAUGAGGGUUUUCUCCGAGUUAUUGAUCCUUACGGAAACCACAGACAAAGAAGAACUGUAUCUCAAGGUAGAAACUGUCAAAAAUUUGACAAUUCCAUUCAGUUGGAGAAUGAAAGUUACCCAUCAGGGGAAUCAAAUACUUUGUUAGGUAGGUCAAGCCAUCAACUAAGAUCCUAUCAAGUUGCUGCAAAGUGUAUUUCCAAUAUAGGGGAAAUACCACAAAACAAUGCUGUUGCUCCAUUUGAUAAUGCACAUAUUCAAUUUACUUCAACAUCUGAUGAAGACUCUUUCAGAAUACAUGUAUUCUGUCUCCAGCAUGCUGUACAAGUAGAAGAACAGCUCCGUCAAAUUGGUGGAGCACAUAUUUCUCUUCUUUGUCACCCAGACUAUCCCAAGCUAGAAGCUCAAGCUAAACAAGUGGCUGAAGAGUUGGGGAGUGAUCAUUUCUGGAGAGAGAUUUCAUUCCGCGAGGCCACUAAAGAAGAUGAGGAAAUGAUACAAUCAGCUUUGGAAAUUGAAGAAGCCAUACAUGGCAAUGGGGACUGGACUGUGAAAUUAGACAUCAACCUCUUCUACAGUGCCAAUCUAAGCCGUUCUCCUCUCUAUAGUAAACAGAUGCCUUAUAACUUCAUUAUAUACAAUGCAUUUGGUCGUAAUUCUCCAGAUAAUACCCCAGAAAAAUCAGAGUAUACUGGUAGAGGGUCAGGGAAGCAGAGGAGAGCAGUUGUUGCUGGGAAAUGGUGUGGGAAAGUCUGGAUGUCUAGUCAGGUUCAUCCUCUGCUUGCUGAGAGGACUAUUGAUGAAGAACAAGAACAGAACAAAAGCAUCUCAGCCCAGAUUAAGACUGAGGUGAAGUCUGAGAGACCAUGUGAAAGGACUCCGACUGGUAAAACUGUCGCUUCUACUUCCAAGACUGGAAAAAAGAGGAGUACAGCAGAAAGUAGGAAUGCUUUGAAUGCUCAAUUAAUAAUAACAGAUGAUCACGAUGAUUCUUUACUUAGUAAUGUCUUUCAGCAGCACCGGAAAACUAAUCUUAGGAGUAAGAGGAUUAAAUAUGAGACUCCUGAACCUCAAAAGGAUGUUGAUAAGAAGAAGAUAUUUGGCUCACUCAUUGAUGAUGAUCCAGAUGGUGGGCCUAGCACUCGUCUGAGGAAAAGGAUUCCAAAACCGAGCAAAGAGUCGCCCGCCAAGUUGGUGAAGGCCAAACCAGCUCCACCUAAGCAGCACGAAAGCAAGAAAGGAGAGAAAGGUCCCAAGGUCAAAAUUCCUUCUGCAAAUAGCAAUGCAAAGAAAGAACCAGUAACGAAGGGUCCUAGAAGUAAUACUGGUAAAAGGAUGAGGGAAGAAGGAGAAUAUCAUUGUGACUUGGAAGGGUGCAGUAUGAGUUUUAGCUCAAAGCAGGAGCUUACAUUGCAUAAAAAGGAUGUCUGUCCUGUCGAAGGGUGCAAGAAGAAGUUCUUCUCGCACAAGUAUUUGGUACAGCAUCGUCGAGUUCAUAUGGACGACCGUCCUCUGAAAUGCCCUUGGAAGGGCUGCAAGAUGACGUUUAAGUGGGCAUGGGCUCGAACUGAACACAUAAGAGUUCAUACAGGUGAACGUCCUUAUGCUUGUACUGAGACCGGCUGUGGUCAGACAUUUCGUUUUGUGUCAGAUUUCAGUCGUCACAAGAGGAAGACAGGUCACAUUUCGAAGAAGGGAAGAAGUUGACUAAGGAAGCAAAUUGUAAUUUGACAUGACUGAUGGAACUGUUCAGUUAACAGACAUAGGGGUAGGUGUAGGUUCAAGUCUCGUUUUGUAAUUCUCUCUUGGUACCAGAUAACUCUCCUCAGUCAAAGGUACCUCAUUGGCCCCAUUCAUUGAUUUGAAGUAGUUCAAUUGCUUCAAUCCUGUAAGAAUUAUUUCCAAAAUCAAGGAAUUUAACAUUUGAAAUUGAAAUGUGGAAGUGGAUUCUUCUGUUUUUUCCAUUUUCUCUCUUGUUCAAUUGCUGCAGGAUUGGACUCUUGUUAUACUCGUGUCAGAUAGAGGGACUGAAAGUUCAAACAUAUUUAAUGUAGUCCUAGCAACAUCAUUAUACAAUAUUUACUUGAGGAACA